CCGCGGGACUGCGCGGCUCCUGGCUGCGUGCCGUUGGUGCAGGGGGCCAUGGGCGAGCAGAAGGCGGUGAUAAAGGACACGGACAUGCCGGAGGAGAUGCAGCAGCAGGCCGUGCAGUGCGCCCUGCGGUCCCUGGAGGAACACAGCCCUGAGUGCAGCGUUGCCGCUCAUAUAAAGAGGGAGUUUGACAGGAGAUACAACCCCACGUGGCACUGCGUUGUGGGGAGGAACUUUUCCAGCUGCGUGACGCAUGAGACCAAUCACUUCAUCUUCGCCUACCUGGGCCACGUCGCUCUUCUUCUCUUCAAGUCUGCUUAGAGCCGGGGGCCGCUUCCCGAGCCCCGUCCCGCCCCGGCCUUCCGUAACCCGCAGCCCGCUGCCAGACCGACCUGGGGAGGACGCCGGGCACGGGCUUCGCUGAAGUGAAUGGUGUUCUUGUUGUUCCUAGGGGCGAAAUGGAAAAAGGAACCCCUCCUUGUGUUUGUUUGUGUUCUACAGCAGGCUUCUUUCCCAAUAAAAGCGUUCUGCCUUUCGAAGCUGUGCGGCUGUCUG